AAAGCAUGGUUAUGGGCAUGCAGCGCAUGCAGCAUUAACAUUUCCAAUCACCACCUUGGCAUGGCAGUGUUAAAGCCAUUCGUCCUUUUCAUGCACCUUGUUUCUCUCUUGUGCUUGCAAUCUGGCUCUCCUUUGGUAGCUGGCUUUAUGCAAGGCGGGAACGAGACUGACCGUCUAGCCUUGCUUGCAUUCAAAGCAGCCAUAACCAGUGAUCCCUUUGGAGCUCUAAACUCGUGGAAUGAAUCCGUCCACUUUUGUCAAUGGGUUGGUGUAACAUGUGGCCGCCGACACCAGAGGGUCACUGUGUUGAGGAUUUAUCAUAAAAAACUAUCGGGAUCUGUUUCGCCCCACAUCGGAAAUCUGAGCUUUCUCAGGAAUCUAUGGCUUCGCAACAACAGCUUGAGUGGUGAAAUCCCCCCGGAAUUCGGCCACUUGCGAAGGCUGCAAAAACUAUCGCUGCUUAAUAAUUCAAUUUAUGGUGAAAUUCCCACCAAUAUAUCUAGUUGCUCUAACCUUGUUGGCCUUGAAUUCUCUGGUAAUAGGCUGACAGGAGAAAUUCCUGCAGAGCUCGGUUCUUUGAGUAAGCUCAAGGGACUGUAUAUCGGAGACAACAAUCUAGCCGGAGGUUUGCCUUCUACUCUUGGGAAUCUAUCAUCUCUUGUGGAUUUUUAUGCAAGUUACAAUGGUAUUGGCGGGACUAUACCAGAUACUUUCGGUCGAUGGGAAAAAUUGGAAGUCCUUGGGCUGGUGAUGACGGAGUUGGUCGGUACCAUUCCUUUAUGCAUCUAUAAUCUCUCUUCUAUCACAACCUUUCAAGUUGGAUAUAAUCAAAUCCAAGGCAGCCUUCCAUCAGACCUAGGAAUCACUCUUCCUAAUCUCCAACUCCUAGUUCUUGCUGGUAACUUGUUUACUGGUUCCAUUCCGAUAACAGUAUCCAAUGCUACCAAACUAAAUUACCUUGCCUUGGCGGAAAAUGGAUUUACAGGAAAAGUCCCUUCUUUGGAAAAGCUGCGUGAUCUUGAGAAAAUAACAUGUCACGAUAAUCUUCUAGGAACAGGGGAAGCGGGUGACUUGAGUUUUUUCGACACUUUGACCAAUGCCACUAGAUUGGCACGAGUGUCUCUAGCCGAAAACAACUUUGGAGGUGAGUUGCCUGAAUCAAUCAGCAAUUGCUCCACUGAAUUUGUAUUUUUGAGCUUGGAUUUCAAUAAAUUAGUUGGGAGCAUCCCAUCCGGUAUAGGGAAUCUAAUCAAUUUGCAGGUUCUUUCCAUGUCCCUCAACCGUUUAAGUGGUAACAUUCCUUCUGAUAUCGGGAAUCUUCAAAAGCUGCGGAUUUUGAGAUUCCAUGAUAAUAAUAUCCAUGGGGAGAUCCCAGCAUCUUUUGCAAAUUUAACUUUGUUACUUUAUCUUAAUGCAUCUGGAAAUAAUCUUCAUGGCAACAUCCCUUCACAUAUCGGUAAAUACCAUUUUUUGGUGUCGCUAUGUCUUGAUCAUAACUAUCUUAGUGGUAUCAUACCCAAAGAAAGUGCUAAUCUCUCGUCGUUGUUGGAUCUAAACCUUGCACAUAAUAAUUUGAGUGGUUCCCUUCCGUUGGAAAUCGGACUUUUGCAAAAUCUAGAAAUACUAGAUGUUUCUCAAAAUAUGUUGGUAGGUAGUAUUCCAAGUUCUAUUGGUAGUUGUGUGAAGUUGACGUCAUUAAACGUGGAGGGGAACAAAUUACGGGGCACCCUUCCUUCAACUUUAGCCAAUUUGAGAGGUCUGGAGGAGUUAGAUCUUUCUCACAACAACCUCUCCGGAAAAAUCCCAAACUUUUUGGAGGGCUUUGUCUUUCUAAAGAAAUUAAACCUGUCAUUCAAUGAUUUUGAGGGGGCAGUACCAGAAGGAUGUGUAUUUAAGAAUGCAACUAUCAUUUCACUUGAAGGAAACAAGAAGCUCUGUGGGGGAAUACCUGAAUUGCAGCUGCACAGUUGCAACUCCAAAGGGUCCAGAAACCAUGGAUUUACUCUUGCCAUGAAACUAAUUACUUCUAUAUCGUUAGGGCUUUUGGGGCUGCUUCUGUUCUUGUGUGUCCUAUAUUUUUGUUGGUUUAAAAAGACAAUAAAUGUACCAUCAGUUAAAUUCUUAGGAAACUCAUUUCUCCAGUUGUCCUACCAAAGUCUACUUAAAGCAACUGAUGGCUUUUCUCCAGCCAAUUUGAUUGGUGUGGGUAGUUUUGGUUCAGUAUAUAAAGGAAUUCUUGACGGGGGUCGGAAAGUUGUUGCAGUUAAAGUACUAAACCUUCAAUUCCGUGGUGCUUCCAAAAGUUUCCUUGCUGAGUGUAAGGCCUUAAAAAGCAUCAGACAUCGAAAUCUUCUAAAAGUACUCACAGCAUGUUCAAGUGUCGAUUAUCAAGGUAACGAUUUCAAAGCUCUUGUGUAUGAGUUCAUGAUCAAUGGGAGCCUAGAGGAGUGGUUGCAUCCAAAUGAGAUCGAAGAAGACACCCACAUGGAAUCAAGGCAUUUAAACAUUCUACAAAGGUUAAAUAUUGCCAUUGAUGUCGCAUGUGCAAUUGACUAUCUUCACCAUCAUUGCUCCAACCCAAUACUUCAUUGUGACUUGAAGCCGAGCAAUAUUCUUCUAGAUGAUGAAAUGAUUGGGCAUGUCGGUGAUUUUGGUUUAGCGAGAUUCAUUCAAGAAGCUACCUAUAGCGCUUCUACAAAUCAGUCAAGUUCAAUAGGCAUAAGGGGGUCUAUUGGUUAUUUGGCUCCUGAGUAUGGAUUGGCCAAUGAGGUGUCAACAUUUGGUGAUGUGUAUAGUUAUGGAAUCCUGUUAUUGGAGAUGUUUACCGGGAAGAGACCAACUGAUGGCAUGUUUAGCGAUAGUCUCACUCUCCACAACUUUGUUAAGAUGUCUCUCCCUGAAAAAAUAGCCGAAAUUGUUGAUGCAACAUUGUUUCAGCAAAGAGAAACAGGGCAGGGCAGUUCAAGUAUCGAUAGCAAUCAGAGUCAAAGCUCUCAUACCAGUUACAAAAUUCAGGACUGCGUGAUUUCACUACUUAAAGUUGGAAUUGCUUGUUCAGAAGAACUACCGACACAUCGACCGAACAUCAAUGACGUUGUUCCUCAGUUACAUGCAAUCCGAAACACUCUACUUGACAUUGGAGUUCAUUGAGGCAAAAAGAGCCAGUAUUGUUGGUCAUCACAAGUUGGAGCUUAGCCGUGGCAACCGUGUGGAUGUUGAAGAGUUAUCUUAGUUAUUUUUGAAGUGCCUAUUUAGUUUCUGGUCAAUGUCUUUUAAUUUCUGGUCUAAGAAUCUAUGUUUUGAUUAUCUAGUAAGUUGUGUUUUUGCUUUAAUAGUGGUCUAGGUAUUUGAAAGGUCUGUCUAGGAAAUCAUCUAAUCUUCAUUGAGUCUUGAAGAUUCAUCUUUUGUAAUGCCUCUUUAUAUGUGUUCUAAUGAAUGAAAAAAGUAUAGUUUGGAGUUUGAGAUUUUGAAAA